AUACCAUACCAUACGGUCCAUACCCACGAGAGGCUUCGACAAUGCCUCUAACAAAAACUCCCUGGCAUCCCCUCCCGCUGACCACCCCGAACCGGUCCGCCCCACCAUUACUCCUUCAAUCAACAUUCACACCAACAACCUAUACAAUUCAGCUAACGGACCUAGUAAACAUAUGGUCGGAAUCCCUUUCCAAACGUGAGAUCCUAGCUCGUGCCGAGCGCGACAGCACUACUAUCGAUCCGAGUGAGGAUGUGAGCCAGUUGCCCAUACUUCUGCAGAAGUUGGAGUAUGCUCUCGGUAAGAAGGGGGAUGACGAUGCAGUUGAUGUCGAGAUGUUUCUUGGGAAGAGUGGGCUUAGGCUCAAGACUACAAUUGAGUUACCGAAGCCCUUGGGUGAUUUGAGAUGGGUUUUCGAGCUUACGCCUGUUGGUGGGGUUGAACUCGCAAAUUCGUUAGUGCUGCCCUUUUUGAGUGAGGUUGCGACUUUGAGGGACAUGGUUGAAAGCUUGAUGACUGUUGUCAAAGAAAAGGAUACUGUGCUCGAGAGGUUGGUAGAAGGUAUGGGGGAGGCGGGGGUGGACGUUAGAGCUAUGAUUGGGGGAGGCAGAAGAAGGAGAGGGUUAGAGAAAUUUGAUGUAAGUAGGUGGAGAGGUGAGUUUUUGGGCGGGGAUAGGAGAGCCGGGGAAGUCGUUAGCGAGGUUUUUGGGCGGGAUUCAGGACAAGAGAUUCCUAGUGUUAAGGGGUUAGGUGGGGAAGCUGGCAGGUGGUGGAGGGGACUAGGAGAGGAUGGAGAUGGGGAGGAAAGUGGAAAGAAACCCAAGAAAAGGUUCGAGACCAGUGGGGCUGCCGCGGAGAGACGGCUUCAGAAACCGGUAGCAGCAAAGCCAGAUUCAGACACAGACGACGAUGAAUUUGAGGUAUGUGGGUUUCGGCAGGGAGGGGUUCUUUUUAUCUUUAAGAUAUUCUUCACGGGGAUAAGUUCCUUGCCUGUGCCCAUGUUAGCGAGUUGCUUUCCCAAGAGUCCAACGUACUUUGCACUUUGCACUCGUGGGCCUUAUAGAGACAAGAGCCAAUUCAAUCCUACCGUCCUAUCCCUAAACCUCCGCCCUAUUAUUAUACCUAUGAUAUGACUGCGGCGUAUUAACUCGUUCACCUCUUCAGGUUCGAAAAACCCCACCCCGGGUCUUGGAGCGAACCCCUCAGUCAAUCAACAAACCACAAAGCAUUUCCCCGCCGUCCUUCAGGAGGAAGUUAAAAACCCCUAGCCCAUCGCGCGCCCAUCAUGCCCAAGAUGAAACCGCUUCGGAAGAUGGUGACAUCGAUGUUAGCUUUCCGCCUUCUCGAAACCCAGCCUCCCCCUAUGUUUCAAAGCUAAUCUCACCCCCCAAGAUUUCCCCCCCACGUACUAAGCGAGUUAUUGGGAAGAUCGGUGGAGUUAGGAAACCUGCAAUUCCUAACCCCGAGCCGCUCGGUGUCCCGGCAGCCGGUGCCGAUGAAACGGGGGAUGAGGAUGAUGCCUGGAUUUCGGUGAACAAAGGAAAAGGAAAGGAAAAGGAGACAGAAACCAACGAUGAUAUACCUGCCUCCCGAGCAGUCAACAAAGGUGUCAAGUUGGUUAUAGGGGGGUGGAAGCCGACCCCUAAUCUAGCUCACGAGGAAGAAAAAAAGGGAACGGUAAAGAAAUCAAUUGGAAAAAUCGGAAACGCCGGCGGAAGACAGACCGGACCGGGAGAACGAAUGGUGACGGGAAAGGAUGGACAGAGGGCUCCAUCCGGAUCAGCGGUAUCCUACCCUUCCCAUAAAUUCGAAAAGCACUGCUAAAUGAUUUUCAGUCGCGAGUUCCAACCCCUCCUCUAUUACCACCCGGAGAGGGUGUCAGAGACGCAGAAGAGGAGGAAGAUGGGGAUGAAAAGGCUGAUCGGAAACGGAGGCAGCUGCAAAAGGAGUUAGAAGCGAAGAAGAAGGCGCCGGUCAAGAAGAAGAGGAAGUUUUAGUUCAGCGCCCAGCCACUCACUCGUCGUGGGACCGUCAGGGGAUGGAUCUGGAUACGGGGAGCUGCGUAAUCACGUGUGCUCUAUUUGUAUCUUGAGUGGUCAUCCGAUCUCGGCCAAACAAGGCAUGAAGUCGUGUGUUUGUAACUCACACGGGCUUCCAGUAUCCUGAGAAGGCAGGCUGUCUGGGCAUAGCAAAUGAGUCGAAGCUUGCCGCGCUGAACAAAGGAACUUUCCCUGCCCUGUCAAUCACUCCCCAUAGAUAUAGGAUGCAAUUACAACUCUCCAGUCACUGUG